AAUACAGUUGCACGUCGAAGUAGCGGUGCCGAUGAUGAUGCAAGCAAUGCAACAAUUGUACUGUCGAAUGUUUCGGAGCAAUAUUCACUCACAAAUGAACCGGCACUAUGGCCAGCGGUCUUCUCACUUGCCCAUAAUUUCUCCGUAAACAGCCAGCAUUGA